AUGUAGACAUAUAGAGAAAGUUUAUUGUUGAGGGUUGAUAGCUAAAAUAAUAUUUAUGUACGACAAUUGAACGUUUAUCUGCCAGGCGUAUGAAGACUUUCUGUUGGAUAGUCAUAGUGAACUACUUGUAGGAAUAAGUUCAUUUGGUCCUCGGCUGCAUACAACCUAACCCAUAUAUUAUCCGUUUGAAAUAAAUAUGAAACUGGACGUCUUCACAGUUGAUGCAUUUACCAGUCGUCCUUUUUCUGGUAAUCCAGCGGCUGUGAUACCCUUGCUUCAGAUGUUAGAUGAAAAAACUCUACAGCAAGUGGCCAGCGAACUUAAUCUCUCUGAGACUGCUUAUGUCGCCCCAUUGGCAGAGGGUAAAGCGUCAUGGCAGGAAUGCGAUCGUUUUUCUCUCCGCUGGUUUACUCCCACCAAUGAGGUUCCUCUAUGCGGCCAUGCCACUCUGGCCACCUCCCACGUCCUUCUCCAUUGUCUCGGUAAUUCCAACACUAGACUGAAGUUCGAAACUAAGAGCGGGACACUAGUGGCAAGACGUGAUGACCACUGCAUUAUCCUAGACUUUCCUGCUAAUCCACCCGAGACCCUGACCCCUGCCGAGGAGACCCAACUGUCCGAAUUAGUCAAGGUAGCAAGCGGUGGUUUACUGGUGUCUCAGGUACUCAUCUCACGAACUACCAGGAAACUUCUUGUUCGUCUUCAUCCGUCCUGCACAAGGCAGCAACUUGAAGCUCUGCAACUAGACACCGGCGAUCUGUUGAGGCAGCAUGACGGGUCACUAGUGAAGGGUGUCAUCCUUACACUGGGAGCGGAGGACAAUGGAGACCCUCAACCAACAGCAGAGUGUCACUGUUAUUCGCGUUAUUACGCCCCUUGGAAUGGAAUACCAGAGGAUCCCGUCACAGGUUCAGCUCACACAGUGUUGGGGCCUUACUGGGCUGAGCAGCUUGGAUGCACGGUAUUAAAAUGUAAGCAAGUGUCUCCGAGAGGCGGUGACGUGACAGUCACAGUGAGGAACGACGGCCGCGUCGACUUGGCUGGCGAGUCCACCACCGUGCUUCAGGGACACAUCACCUUGUCAGGCUAGACACUUGUGCUUUCUUCAACAUGUAAAGGCAAUACUACACGCUUUAUCUCUUUGUACGUACCAAUCCAUACGAGCAGAGUAAGCCAGCAACGAGAAUGAGGCUGGGACCGCUGGUAUCGUGGCAGUAGUGGUGGUGGAUUCGGUGUGGUAGUGGCUGAGUCAGGAGGCCCGCGUCUGUGUUAGGGCCUAUAUUAUCCACUGCAGCGCCAGGAAAAAAACACACACACACACACACACACACACACACACACACACACACACACACACACACACACAACACACACACACACA